UGUCCCCAUCAAAUCCAAUUCAAUUUCGGACGUGGCGGUGGAUUUACAAAUUUGCCAGGAAGACAAAAUGUCCAACCCAAUACGGAAUCGUCAACUUUUAACAUUUGCAGUUUCAUGGAUUGCCUACGCAUCAACAUAUUUACUCAGGAAGCCCCUAGGUGUCAUCAAGUCUGACCUAACAUCAUCCCAUAGCUUAAGCAAAACAGAUUUAGGAUGGUUGGACACAGCUCUUCUAUUUCCAUAUGCAAUAAUGCAGAUGCUUCUUGGAAAUCUUGGUGAUAAGUAUGGUGCUAGAAAAAUCUUAGCUGCAAAUCUAGUAAUGUCCGCUUUGUCCAUGGUGACAUUUGGAUUUUGGAGAAGCCUUUAUGUGAUGGCAUUUUUGCUUUUUGCUAACGGAGCUGCACAGGCAACAUGUUGGCCUAACUGUGUGCGGGCAAUAUCAUCUUGGUACACUGACGAGCAGAAAGCAACCAUAUUCGGAAUAUGGGGAACCUGCACCUUUGCUGGAGGGCUUAUGGGUACAGCUCUUGCGGUUCAACUCCAGUCUAGGUUUGCUCCUGAUCUGCGGUUGGUUUUUCUGGUCCCAUCGAUCAUUGUGUUUGCAGUUGGCAUAAUUGUGUAUCUGUUCUUGUACAUGCCAGAAGAGUUAGACAUGGAAAUUCCUGGCAAAGAUUUGCAGAAGACUGUGAUCGGGAAGAAAGUUCUUUCUGAUAAGCAGCUGACAUUCUUUCAAUUAUGGAAAGUUAAAAUGUUACCCGAAUUGGCGUGGACAACCUUCCUUAUGAAACUUGUACGAUAUUGUCUGUACAUGUGGCUUCCGUUCUACCUGUUUCAAAAUCUUGGCUAUUCAAAGGUCAUGGCCGGAGCACUAAGUACAGCAUUUGAAAUUGGUGGUGUUGCUGGUUCUGCGUCACUCGGUUUCCUAAUGGAUAGGCUUCUUGGGCAUGGAAAGACACAUUGGGGUGUGGUAAUUGCACUCUUUGGCAGCACCAUCGCACUUGUACUGUUCCAAGUUACCAGCAGAUGGGGAUGGCUCUUCAACGUCACGUUUAUGUUUAUUGCGGGUGUUUGUAAUUGUGGUCCGGAUGCGUUUGUGUCCGGUUCUAUCGCAGCGGAACUUGGUGAAAGAGAAAAUGCCCAAUCCGCUGUAUCUGGCUUUAUAAACGGGUUUGGAAGCGUGGGAACCAUAAUGGAAGGUCCAAUAGUUGGAUUUAUUGCGGAACACUAUGGCUGGGAAAGCACAUUUUAUGUUAUGAUCGUACUGUCAUUGAUGAGUGUAGUAACAAUGCUGAGGGCUGCUCGUCUUAAUGAUCGAUUACGUCAAAAUGUAUUCUGAUAGCUAAAAUAGAGUAUUUAUCGCAAAUUUCAUUUUAGUCAUUCUUGCUUUUCGUUUUCGCCAUAGUAUUUUUCAUUUAACGCUGCGAAAAUUGUUUGAAUAUUCUGUGUUAUGUGCAAAAUAUGUUUUGUGUAAUUAAGAUUUUAUUGCAUACAACGAAUAUUGUUUGAUCUAGUAUACAAUUUCUAAAUUCUAAGUGUUAUGCAAAGACUGAAAGCA